CUGAGCAUUACAGAAGAAGACAGUGCUUUCAUGAUACUUGCUAGUGUUUAUCAUUUCCCAUUCAUUCAAUAAUCUCUGCUGGACUUGUAUUUAAACAUAUUGCAGUAGUUCCGAUAAAUAAAUGGCCUUCGCUCUUCCAGUGUGGCUCGCGGUGCAAGAGGAGCUCCUCGCCGGAGAUGGCGAAGCGGACAAUGCGACUCCGACCUGUUUCGACGACUUCGACGAUGAAGCUUUGUUCCAGAUGUUCCACCUCACCAGACCCUGCAUCGCCUUCAUCACAGACACUAUCCGCGUGCGCAUGAAGAGCACAUCUGUGAAGAAACCCACGCUGCCCGUGGAGGCGUCGGUCAGCUCUCUGGUCAUGGUGGCACUCAACUAUUACGCACAGGGCGUUUCCCACGCUGACAUCUCGCAGAGAGUCUCCCGAAACCAGACGGACUGCUUCGCGAUCAUCUCCACAGUGUCCGGGGUCAUCGCGGGCAUGGCCGAUGCCUUCAUCUCGUUUCCGCAGAUCCGUGAAGCCAGAGCCAAUGUCGCAUUCAAGAUUGAGAAGCUGUGCGGGAUCCCAAACGUGCUGGGGGUUGUGGCUCCAGCUCACUUCAAGAUCAGAGCGUCCCCCUACGAGAAGGAGACGUUCAGGUCCUUUGUCAACACCUUGGGGUACACCUCGGUGGUGAGCCAGAUCAUAUGUGACUCUGAUGGCAACAUACUGAGUGUGGAGAAGUGUUGCGCGGGCAGCACGUUUGAGCAGGAGAUGUGGGAGACGUCGUUUAAAGGAAGGGAAAUGGAGGAGGACCUGCACGGAGCAAACUGGAUUAUUGCUGGGAAAGGCUACCACUUGAGCAAACACGUCUUGACCCCUGUGUCGGAACCUGUCGAUUACAAAGACAUCAGCUUCAAUGACGCCCACGCGAAGAUCCACAACGUCAUGCGGACGACGCUUGGCAUCAUAAAGAGGCGUUUUAGGUGUCUGAUGCAACUCGGUUUUGCCCAAGAAGGCUCUAUGGACAAAAAAUCAAACAUUAUCAAGGCGUGCUGUGUGCUGCACAACAUCGCCAAGAAGUUCUCCGUCCCUCCCCCGCCUGCAGCUGGUAGAAUUGAGCCCCUGCAUCCAGGCAAGCAACGCUCAGCGCCCGUGGAGAGCAACCCGGAGGCCCUGUUGGCCAGACAGGAGCUCAUCAAUAAGUUCUUCUCCAGGGCCCCCAAAAACCAGGAGCCACAGAGUAAGGACAUCACAGAGGACGAGGAUGUGUGAGCAGAGUGGGUGU